UUGUUCAGGUUUUGAUGCCCUUCUUUAGAAUCAUUAAAAUUUUGUAUUGAUGUUAAAAUAACAGAAAGGAAUGGAAACUCUUCCACAAAACUAUAUAUUUCGAAUCCUGAUUCUGAAUGCCUGAAAACGUUCAUAUUUGCACGAGACCUUAUUUUAACAUUUAUUUAGAAUAUUACAAAAAGCAUUAAAUACCUACACAAUUCAUGAUAAAACAAUUAUACAUAAAAUAUCGAGACAGAACCUACUUUGAAGCGUCGCCAGGUAGUUCUUGAUCCAAGAAAAAAAUGUGAGUCCAUAAAUGUAAUCUACACGUCCCGCCCUAUAUUAUGAGCCCCCUCCACCCCAACCAUACGGUAUAAUGACCACACCCACCUGUCAAUUAGGAUUAAUACGGUCAAUAACUACGCCUAACUCUUGCGGUCACCCGAACUGUUGAACGUUUGGUUGUGUAAACCUAGAUUCAGUUGUUCACAACUAUUGGAUCCAUAAAGAGAGAAGAUUGUGGAGAAGUCUGAUCAUCAUGUUUUGCAAAAUCCUAGUUCUCAUCCUCGGAGCUCAAAACGCUCUUGGAGCUGUUUCGGAUGUAUCCAGGCUCCAAGAAGCCCAGUUAGUAGCUAGUGACGCUAACCGGCUAGAUUUACAGAAACAGAUGCUUAACUACAUUGCAGGGUAUAAUGUAUUUAAUACACAGAGAAGUAUCGUGAAGACCCACGUUUCCUUCAGUGUGAAGGAAGAGGCCGUUGAGGACUUCCUGGUUGCAGCCAAAGAGCUUGUCAGCAAGAUUAAGAAAGCUAUCGGGAAUAUUUCCUGCAACUUGUACAGAGAGCUCAACGGAAAUAACUUCGCUAUUAUAGAAGAUUGGGAGAGUGAGGCAGAUGCUGACAGGGACCGACUUGCCCCCUACGUUUUGGAAUUCCUGGACGAUUUCAAAGACGACAUUUUGUUUAGCUACAAGAAAUUCUCUCUGGUUGAUUAAUGAUUGAUGAUGAAGAAAACAACGAAACCAAAUAUUUGCAAAUGUUUAAUAAAAUUUUCAAGUUAAAACAACAAAAUUAUAUA